AUGCCUCCAAAGUUUGGUUCAUCAGCCCCUAAAUGUGGCGUUUGUGCUAAAAGUGUUUACGCCGCAGAAGCCUCACCAUGUACAGUAGAUGGAAAGACUUUUCAUAAAAGUUGUACCUUAUGUUCUGAUUGCAGAAAAGGACUUGAUUCAACAACAAUUUGUGAAAAUGAAUCUAAACUUUAUUGUAAAUCAUGUUAUGGAAGAAAAUUUGGUCCAAAACUCUUUGGUUUCGGUGGUGGUGGUGCCAUUGCUCACACUGAAUAA